GGCCCAUUGGAGAGGCCGCCGGGCGCGUGCGCAGGACCCGAUGGGUUCCCGGACGCGGAAGAACUGGCCCCGCUGAGGCUCCCGCUUCCGAAGCGUGGGAGGCGGAAGAGACUGCAGGUUGUAGAUUUUGGUCUUGGCCCCAUCGGGUUCCCCCCGGGCCAUUAGAACCCAAGAGAGGAAGAGGAGGCCCCGCGGCGGCGGCAGAGGGAUCGAACCCCCAACCAGUCCUCGAGGCGGGAGGGGGGCAGGGACGGGCGAAGCUUCGAUCUCAGGGCUGAGGAGCCUCCAGGGCUGUGUCCGAAGCAUGGGGGGCUGGACCAAGUCCCCGAGUAUGGGGAGCUGGAACUACCGAAGUCUCCCUGCCAGGCCCUGCCCAACUGACAGGUCCUCGGUGUUACCGCUGCCCGGGCAACCGCGGCACCUGUAGCCAAGCCCCGCUGAUGGUCCUCAGCGGGAAAGCAUGAGUUCCGCCGCUGCCUAGUUUCCUCCCCCUCCUUCUCGUCUUCCUCUGUGUCCCUUCCUCUCUCCUGUUUCCCACACCUCAUCCUUAUUUCCCGUCCCUGUGCUCUUCCCCCUGCCCUCUGUCUUCCUUACCCUUCCCCCUAUCAUCCUCUCCCUUCCCCCAUCCUCCCUUCCCCAUCGCCCUUCCUCCCUUCUCCCAUCCUUCCCUCGCUCCCCAUUCUUCCCCCUCCCCCUCCUUCCCCCAUCUUCCCAUUCCCCCAUUUUCCCCUCCCCCAUCCUCUUCUUUCCCCUUCUGCCCUGCUCCUCUUAUCCUGUCCUGCAUUUCCAUCUAGCUUCUUUCCAUCCCUUUUCUUCCUCCCUCCAUCCUUGUCUUUCCUCCAUCUCUCUUUUUUCCUCAUCCUCUUUCUUGAUUCUGUUACCCUCCAACAAUCUCUCCAUCCUUCUCCCCUCCCUCUCCUCCAGCCUCCCUUCCUCAUCAGCAUCCUCCUUCCCUCCUCCUCUCCUACUUUUCUCCGCCCUUAGCCCCCGCCCCCAAGACUCCGCCCCUUAGCCCCCGCCCCCAGCUGCCAGUCCCCAGCAGCUCAGUCCUGCAGUGAGUCUUGGGAGCCCAUAGCUAAGCACCAGGAGCUGAGCACUGCCCGCUGUGCCUACCUGCAAGUCUCCGACAUGGCUCAGGAGAAAAUGGAGCUGGACUUUGAGCCUGGUACAUCUCAUGGGGGCACCCUGAGGAGAUCCAACAGUGCUCCCCUGAUCCAUGGGCUCAGUGACCUUUCACAGGUUUUUCAGCCUUACACAUUUAGAACUCGGAGGAAUAGCACAACAAUUAUGAGCCGUCACAGUUUGGUAAGUAUCAAAUUGCUGUCAUCUUCACCUAAUCGUAUUCCUAGUAGCAGACUGCUUCAAAUCAAAAGGGAAGAAGGCCUGGAUAUGAUGAAUAGAGAAACUGCACAUGAGAGGGAAGUGCAAACUGCAAUGCAGAUAAGCCAAUCAUGGGAUGAGAGCUUGAGUCUGAGUGAUAGUGAUUUUGACAAGUCGGAGAAAUUAUAUUCUCCUAAGAGGAUUGACUUUACUCCAGUUUCUCCAGCACCUUCACCCACCCGAGGAUUUGGAAAGCAAUGCUUUUCACCAUCCCUACAAAUGUUUGUGAGUAGCAGUGGGUUGCCACCAAGUCCUGUUCCUAAUCCAAGACGGUUUUCCAGGAGGAGUCAGAGUCCAGUCAAGUGCAUUAGGCCUAGUGUUCUUGGUCCUCUUAAAAGAAAAGGUGAGAUGGAAACAGAAAGCCAGCCCAAGAGAUUCUUCCAGGGCACAACCAACAUGCUGUCUCCAGAUGCUGCACAGCUGUCUGAUCUCAGUUCAUGUUCAGAUAUUUUGGAUGGCAGUAGUAGAAGCAGUGGCUUAUCCUCAGACUCACUGACUACAGGCAGCGUUCCUGCACAGUCUCCAGUAGCAUGCUCCAAUUCAUGCUCCUCGUUCAUCUUGAUGGAUGAUCUCUCAGCCAAGUGACUUAACGAUUUCUGACUCAGUGCUUUUUAACUGCCGGUUCCCACAUGAAAUAUUCAGUGAGGAACACAGAGAACUUUGAUCCAUAAUGAGGAUUGAAGUUUGACAGAUGUCAGUCAUUCUGAUGCUGUUAUUUGGGGGGUAUCUCUCCCCUCUAAAGUUUAAUUACUUACUAUCAUGUCUGUUUUUGUCAAUCUCAUUUUGCAUUUAAUGACUAAAUCUUAAAAUACCGAUUUUUGAUCUCUUAGAAGCUUUGCUUUUCUUAAGUGCCUCAAAGAGCACCUUCUUUCAAGUCUAUAUGCUUAAGGGAGGCACUGAUAUGGACUUGCUAUCAUGGUUCUUUUCCCUAGCAGUGAUGUGAUCAAGUUGAUCAGAAAUUCUCUUGCUUGAGAGAUUUUUCUGUUGUUGUUCUUUGUCAACUACAUGGUUUCCAAUCCCUUUAUUUCCCAGCAAUAUGCCAAUUGCUUUUGAACAGAUUAAAUUUUUAGUUUUCUGCAUUAGCUUAAAGUGCAUUAUUUUGUUUUCUUUUCCUGUUUGAGCUGCUGCUUACUUGCCAUUUCUCACAGAGGGGAAGAAAUGCCUAGUCGCUUCCAUCACUAUCCUUGUUGCUUCUUUGCUAGUGGAGUGUAUGAUGAGAGGAUCAAUUUUAGUGCUGAGAAUGUAAAUGAACUUCAGGAUGCCUAUGUUAGUCACCCCAGGUUCUUAUGACUUUGCUGCCACAGUUGAUAAUUCUCCUCCCAAACCUGUUAUCCUAAGGAAUAUAUAAAAUAUUAUUGAUAUUUCUAGGUGGUGUUAUCAAGGAGAAGAAAUUCCUGCCUUGACCAGAUGUGUGGAGCAUCUACAAAUGAAUGAAUAAUGUAUUUGCAUACAAAGCAAGUGGUCCUUGGAGCUGUCAGUGUCUCCGGUGGUAUUAUGAGGCCUUAGGUGCCUUGGGGUACAUUGUCAUGCUGUAAGGGAUGUAUAUCCUAAGGUAGUGUGGAAAAAGGAGGCUUUAUGUGUGUGAUAGCCACAUACUAUUUCAGUUGCUGCUUUUUUCUGAUUUCUUUGUGUCAUUGGAUUUGUUUGUUUUGUCAUGUGGUGACUGGUGUUUUGGCUAUUGUGUUGUUGCCAGAGUCGGAAUCCAGUUUGUGUACAUACUGCCUUAUCGUAAAGGCAGUUAAAUCUCUAUGAGAAAGCUUUUAGGAGCUGAAAAAGUCAAUGUUAUCUUGCAUUCUGCUUUUAAGAAGCUGUUUGAGCUGUAAAAACUGUACCUACUAGUAAGUACGAGGUACCGUGUUAUUUAAUUUUUACAAAAGGAAAUGUGUGGCUGAGCUAUUUAGGAAAUCUGAGUGUACUCUCUUGUUAUGUUAUUUAUGAAUUAUACCAUGUAAAAUGUCGUGUUCUUUUCAUCUUCAGACAUUGUGGUUGGAUUGUCUCUGUCUAAUAUGCACAUUGCCUGCUAGGAUCAUGAUAUUCCAUUUUUUAAAUGAAUGUAAGAAACAAAAACUACUGCACUUGUGUCUUUUGAAGGCAAAGAUCCUUGGAUUUUUAAGGAAGAUGGUGUGCUUUGAAGGCACCCCUAGACUAGCAAUAGCAGAUUGCUAUUGAAGGGAAACCUGUUCUCUUCCAAUUAUUAGAGAAUUUCACUUAGCUUGCAGUAGUUCUAUUAAAGAAUUAGAUGUGUCCUUUAUUUUAAAUUGUAAUCACUGCCAUCACAGCCACUAAGAGCUUUUGUUCCUGUGUUGCUUUCGCCUAUGCAAAGGCCAAAAACCCUUCGAAACUAAUGCCACUGUCCCCUUGUGUGCCAUCUUAAAGACAAUCUCUUUGAUGGUACUCGGUAUAUCUAUUCUGUUUGUAAAAGAACCAUGUUAAGAUGUUUUUGCUCCUAUAAUGAUAAUGGUUUUGUCUUUCAGGAGAUUUGUCCACCUUCACUCUACUGUCUUCUUUGCCUUAAAGGGACACUCUUGGGUUCAAAUGUAGGAAUGUUAGGAGAGAACCUUUGAAAUAUGAUGAUAUUUAAAUAUAUUUUUUGAAAUCCAGUGGUGGGCUAGAGCAGGAAAUUGAAAUUAUUCCAGUGGUAUGAGAACUGAGAGGCAAGAUGAUUCACUUUAUUGUUUAAACUAAGGUUCAUUUUCAGUUUUUAUUCUUUAAAUGGACUGAAACGUUAGGUUUAUGCAGGGAUUGUUUUGAAAUCAAUAAAAGACAUAUGCUAGCCCACAGAUGAGCUUUCUUGACAGUACCCCUUUAUUUUUAUAUAAAGUCUAAUAUUUGAGAAGUGAUUAUUGUUAUAAAGUAAAAUUCCCUCUUCCUAUUCUAGUACUAUAUCAUAUAUUUCAAGCUUCUAUUUGAAAACAAGUACAAGAAGUCAUAAGAUAAUCCUACAGAUACUGUUUGACUUAUAAUCACUGUUUCAUGACAACUGCUUUUGGAAUAAUAGAAUAAUAAUAGAAAGUUUUGUGAAAUGCUGGCCUUGCAUAUAUCUUAGAAUGCAAAUUUAAUAAAGUGUGUACAUGCAUAAAAUAUA